ACCCAGCAGCCCAGGUACAAGGCUGGUCUGACGGGAUAAAAAUAGGUCUUUCGGUGAUAUUGUCAUAUUGACAUCCAGCAAAAACUAACUCACAGAGUCCUUCAACAACGGUGAUGAUACCCCGUGCUGCCAAACUCAGCACAACGAGCCGAACCGCGCCAAUGCUAGCGUUGAUGAGAGUCCACAGAGCGGGAUCUUGCCCAUUCAAUGUCAACAUCGAGACCAUGGUGAGGAUGAGAGACAGGUAUAAAGACCACAUCUUCGUCGUCAAACCGGACUGACUGCUCACCAUCAUCUUCACCAUCGGGUCAACAAUCAAGCUUAUUCCUGAGCCUUCAAACAACUCCAAGCCGCAAUCUUCAUCAUGAAGCUCCUUUCGCUCCUCCCUUUGCUCCCGCUUGCGGCGGCUGCCCCCACAAACACCCUUGCCGCCCGUGGCCUCAGCGUCCCCAGCGCUGUCCCCGAGAAGGUCCGUGUGGUUGGUGUCUCUCUCCUCGGCUCCGGCUGCCCCGCGGGCACGGCCGACGUCCAAAUCGACGCCACCAAGACCCUCCUCGAAGUCACCUUCUCCGAGUACAUCAUCCAGACCGGCCCGGGCACCAAGGCCGCCGACUGGCGCAAGAACUGCAAGCUCACGCUCAACCUCGAGUUCGACGAGGGCUUCUCAUUCUCCACUCUCGCGACCGACAUGCAAGGCUUCGCGCAGCUGCCCAAGGGCUCGCGCGGCCUCUGCACCAACACGUUCGACUUCACCGGCAUCCAGGGCCAGUCGUACUACUCGCUCGCCCUGCCCGGCCCGCGCGAGGGCCCCUUCACGCUGAGCGCCAACCCGGACGUCGUCUCGUGGUCGCCCUGCGGCGGAACCACGGCAAUCAUGAACAUGAACACGCAGUGCAACAUCUCGCCCACCCGCGAACAGGCGCUCAUUGCUGUCGAUCGCAUCAGCGGCAAGAUCACCGUCAAUGUCUCGCUCGACUGGCGCAAGUGCUAAGGGGUGGAGCAGGGCUGGGGAUGAAGGGGACGGGACGAGCCAGGGAAUUGUUGGUGAGCGAUGUGGUCUUGAUGAGGAUAACACCUGGUCAUGUCUCAUGCCAGUCUCAAAUCUGAUGAUACGAUCAUCUCUUUGCCUUUUCUUGCCUGGUCUGUUCCCACAACUUCUUUCCUGGAGGGCAGAAGCUGGCUCUGGAGCGAGCAAUGAGUCUGGUGCUACCGAGUGAUAUAGAGUGAAAGUGUAUAAAGCCACU